AUUCUUAUCUUUUUUGUUGAUACACUCGGGUAGUACAGUAAUCAUAGACAGAACUACGCAAGGUCCGUGACAGUUGUAAUUUACUAUUGAAUGUUGUUAAAUUGUUUAUGCUUUUAUGCUAGUUAGAUUGGUUUAAGAUUGUAAAGUAGAAUAAUACUCCAACUUGUAUUUGUGAGUCCAUGAACUAUGAAAUUCUUAUGUAUAUCUCUGUGAAACGUGAUAUAUGAGAUCCUAUUUAUUAAUUAUAAGAGUUAUUGAAUAAUGAUUAUUUGAUUAUUGAUUAUAAUAAAUCGUUCCUACCAAGUGUAAGUUUUACAUACAAAAUAAAUUAUUUAUAACUAUAUCUUGUUUUGGUAGAAACAAAUUAGAUGCCCAUUAUUUUUAUUACCUAAUAUAUUAUUUUCUAAUAUUAUUUUAGUUCAAUUAUGCAAAUUAUCUGGAAUUGGACUGAACUGUGUGGUCCAAAUGACUUUAUUCCAUUAAUUCAUCCUCAUUAUGUUUUGAGCAUUUGUGCAGAAAUGUCAGUUAUUCGAUUGCCUAUUUUACUUAUACUCAUGCUAACAUCAACAUAUUACUGUGGCCAUCUCUCUGAUUGGAUAAUACGUACUAGACGUGAAACUAAUAUACUCCGUUGUCGUAUAGUAGUUGCUAGUAUACUGUCAAUUUUACCGGCUGCUCAACUAAUUUGGGAAGUAUAUUAUUUCACUGAAAACAGUGUUUAUCCAAUCGAAAAUUUAGUCCUAGUAAUGCAAUGUUUUACAUGGUUUAUACAUACAUUGUAUAUUGUUUGCAUACGACAUCAUUUAGGAACAAGUUUAAGAGGUCCUAAAAUUGUGAUUCUUGCAUGGAUUUUAUGUUUAUUAACUUCAACAGUAUCUUUACGUAACACAUUUUUAAUAUUUAUUCAAAGUACAUAUUUACCCAUUUUGCAAGUAAGAUUAUGGUUCACAAUACUUAAUUGGAUGCUUCAGAUGUUUUAUUUAAUUACACUGUUCUUCAAAGAAGAUGUUGUACGAAUAAGACAUGUAGAUAGACUUCGCUUUCUUGCUCAGGUAAAUUUUUAUAGUCACUUUUAUUUGAAUAACAUUAUUUUAAGAAAACGUAUUUAUCAAAUAUAGUAAUGAUUUACAUAAAAAAAAAUAAAAUAAAUUUCAUUUAUUGUGGUGUUAUUAUUUGUUAAUUUAUAAAUAAAUAAUAAAUAUAUUAUUUUUCUUAUAAUUAACAUUUAAAUAUAGUAAUAUGUAGUAGUUUUAUUUCUGAAUUUGAAUUUUUGAAUGUUUUAUUUAUUUUAGGGAAAUUAGAAUAAAUAUAGGUACUUAAUGCAAUGUGAAUUAUUUUAAGUAUGAUGUUUUUAUACUUUAAUAAUACAUUUGUUUAUAAAAAUAUAUUAAUCUAAUUAUAGUAUAAACAUGGAUGACAUGGUUAAAUUUAAUGUAUACUAUUUAUAAUUUUAGCAAUCAAUUGAAAGACGUUCCUUGAUGACAGCAUCAUAUAGUCGUUUUAAUGAUGAAUUUGAUCCACAUUAUUUGGGUAUGGCAUGCGAUAAUGAACACUAUAGUUUUAUGACCUGGCUCACAUUUGAUUGGGUAGGAAGAUUAAUUACUAAAGGAGACAAAAAAAGAUUGCACCAUACAAAUGAUUUGUUUGAUUUACCUGAAUGGUUAACUCCUGUAUAUGUAUCAACUAAGAUAGAAGACGUAUUAAGACAUCAGCCUUCUGUAAGAGCUACAUCACCUAUUCAUUUACCAACUGAUCAAUACAGAGUACCAAAGAAAUCAUUGCUAAAAGCACUACAUACAUGUUAUGGAAAACAGUUUUACGGAAUUGGGUUAUUAAAAAUGGCUGCAGAUGUUUUUGAAUUUACUGCACCUAUUUUUUUAGAUAAAUUAAUCACAUUUGUAUCUCAUCAUGAAGAACCUAUGAGUCAUGGAUAUAUAUACAUGGGAGGACUUGUUAUAAUGUUACUUAUAAGUAAGUAUUCAUAUUUUUUUGUAGGACUAAUACUUAAAUUCAAUAUUUAGUAAUAUUUAUUGUUAUUUAAAUUUAACUUCACAUUAUUAUUAGAUUAAACAAUUUUUUAGUAUUGUGAAUUAAGUUAUGAAAUAAUUGCACUAAAACUUGAAGCAGAAAUACUCCAGUAAUAAUUAUUAUCAUAACAGUUUUUGGAUUGAUACAGUGUAUGCUGUAUACCUACAAAUUUUCUACUAUCUACUAAUAUUGUCCUGAUUUAAUAUAAUAAUAAUAUAUGUUUAAGGUACACUGUUUGGUGCACAUUAUGACUACCAAAUUCAUAUGAUUGGAAUAAAAAUACGAGGUGCUUUAAUUACAAUGAUUUACAAAAAAACAUUAGAAUUAAAUACCGUUAUGCUAAAUAAUUUUAGGCAAGUUAAAUUUUCAUAACAUGGCUUUAUGUUAUUGAUUAAAUUAAUGUAUACAAAUUAUUGUUUUAGUAUCGGAGAAGUAGUAAACUUUAUGAAUACUGAUACAAAUAAUUUAGUUAAUGCUUGCAAUAGUUUUCAUGCAAUGUGGAGUGUACCUUUUCAGGUAAAAUUAAACAAUUGUACCUAAUUAUGUUAAAUAAUUAACUAAAUUAAUACUCGUGAGUUAUGUUUUAGUUAGUUAUUGUUUUAUACUUACUUUAUCAACAAUUGGGAGUAGCUUUCUUGUCUGGAGUGCUUGUGUCUAUUCUACUGAUACCAGUUAACAAGAUUAUAACUUCAAAUAUUGGUAUAUAUUAAUUUACAUAAUAUAAUAUUAAUUAUUAAUGUUCUUUAUAUAUUAUUGUUUUUUUUUUUUUUUAUAUAUAUAUAUAUAGGUAGAUUAACUGGAAAAUUGAUGAAUGAAAAAGACAAACGUGUUAGAUUAAUGUCAGAAAUUAUUAGGGGUAUUCGAGUAAUCAAAUACCAUGUUUGGGAAAAAUAUUUUAUCAAUAAAGUUAAUAGUAUGUUGAUAUACAGGUUGAUUUACUAAGGAUACUCGCCUUAUUUUUUUGGUUAAAUUUUGCAUACAUUCAAAUUCUGAUUUUUGGAAUUUUUAAAUGUAGGGAAAGCUUACAAUAUUUUGAAUAUUUAGAUUUUUCACAAAAUUUAAGGGGUAUUCUAUGGUGAUACCAACUUUGGUUUUUCAAAAGAGAUCCUAUACUAAAAGUUCUAUAAAUAGAUGGAGUAUUAGUUUAAAUAAAUUUUGGUGAUAACAUUUUUAAUUUCUGUCAAAUCGUUGAUAAGAUAUUCUACUUAGGUUUUGGUAGGAAGAGAGUAGUGGAGUACCAUUUUGUAUGGCUGCACAACACAGGGUAUUUUAAUAGUGUUCCACUACUCUCAUCCUACCUGAACUAAAAAGUAGAAUAUCUGUGGAGACAGAAAUUAAAAAUGUUACACCAAAAUUCAUUUAAACUAAUACUCCAUCUAUUUAUUGAAUUUUUUAUUAUAGGUUCUCAUUUGAAAAACCAAAGUUGGUAUCAUCACUGAGUACUCCAUGUUGUGAAAAGUACAGUUUAACAUGACCUAUGAUUAAUACAACCGCCGCUAAAAUGGACAACUGCUUAAAAUGUAUAAAUAUAACUGGUUCCAACGUGUCCACACUAAGCGGAAUUCACUCUAUUCAAAAAUGUGGGUUGUAACUAAACUUAAAAAUAUAUAUGCGAAAUUCAACCAAUAAAAUGGGAUACACACUUAGUAAAUCACUCCAUAUAUAUAUAUAUAUAUUUUUAUAAUAUGGUAUUCAAUAUUAAUUGUUGGUUUAUAAUGUUAAUUUUUUAGGUUUUCGAAAACCCGAAGUAAUGAAUUUAAAAAAAAGAAAAUAUUUGGAUGCUUUGUGUGUAUAUUUUUGGGCAACAACUCCAGUAACAAUAUCAAUAUUAACUUUUUCAACCUAUAUUUUUCUUGGUGGUCAAUUAACAGCGGCAAAGGUCAGUGUAAAUUACAAUUAUUAGAUUUCAAGAAAACUUUAAAAAUUAAUUUGAAAUAUAAGUAAGUUCAUGAAUUUGUUCAUUUCCAUGCAAAAGUUUAUUUUUGAUCAUUUUAUACUAAACCUAGUCUUAAUAGUUUUAAUAAUUAAGAUUUAGAUAAUAAAUAAAAAAAAAUAUUUAUUAUUAAUAGUAUUGACGGUUGACAUUAACAUGUAAGAGGGAGAUAAAGCCAUAUAAUUAUUUGAAGUACUGGGUAAAUAAAAAAAAAAUGUAUAUCUUGCGUUGGGUAAAUUAAUUUAAAAAUUUAAGAGCUCUAUUAAUUCUGGAUUAUCCACAACGUUAUUUAAUAAUUUGUAUAAAAACUUCAUAUCUAAUAAUUUAUACCUAUUAUCCAGAGGUUUAAUAGUGAAAAAACUAUGUACACUAUCAUAACUAGAGUGAGGAGUUCUCUGUACAUUACAUUGAAGGCAUACAAAUCAUAAAAAAUUGUUUUGGAUUUUUGAAAGACAGUGUAAUAGAUUCAAUGACUUAUUACACCAUAUUAAACUCAUGUACUCAAUUUGAAAACGAACCAAUUUAAAAGUUUAAUAGUUUUAGAGCUUGAUCAUUAUGGAAAUCUUCACACGUACGUUUAAUGAAACCUAAUAGAAAUAGUUGUAAUAACAUCAAUAUGGGAGUUAAAAGAGAGCUUAAAAUCAAAAGUAACACCUAGAUCAUUUAUUUCGCUUACUCUAAGAUUGUUUAUAGUGUAGACAUAAUGGACUUCAUUUUUAAAGUAAAAAAAAUAGAUUUAAAUUUCUUUAUAUUUAGAGACAUACCAUUGUCUUUACACCAUUCAUUAAAAGAAUUUAAAUCAUUUUAAAAAAGUAAAGUAUCAUUAUAAUAACAAAUUUUUUUAAAUAGCUUCAAAUCAUCUGCUAGCAAUAAAAAUGUAGAAUGUUUUAUUUUACAAAAUACAUCAUUUAUAAAAAGUAUAAACAAUAACGGCGAUUAAUGGUCACUCUGCAGAACAUCAGAUGUAGCAUAAAUAUUGUUUGAAAUAAAAAAUUUCGUGCUUGACAUUUUGAGUUCUAUGAGUUAAAAAUGAAUGAAAACAUGAGAAAACAGGUCGUAGAAGCCAUACGAGUUUAGUUUUAAAAUUAAUAAAUUGUGAUCUACUUUAUAGAAUAUGUUUUCGAGGUCUAUAUAAAUAACAUCUGUUUGAGUUUUUUCAGUGUACGAUGUAAUAUUAAAUUGUUUAAAAACACAUAAAUUGGUAAUUGUUGAAUGUCCUGCACGAAAACCAUGUUGCUCAUUUAUUAAUAAAUUUUUAAACAUAAGCACUAACUUAUUUGCAAGUUUUGAAAAUAAUUAAGGAAUACUUUGUUUGCUGAGAAUUUGGACCUCAAUGUGCAUUUGACUAGGUUAGACUAUACUCAUGAUAGGUGAUGUUGCGGUGGGAUAUAACCAGUUUUGGUUACUUUUCAAGCCAAAUGCUUAGCAAAUAGAUUAUAGUUAAUACAAACUUAUUUAUUUUAAGGUCUUAUAUCAAGAACUUUUAUAAUGUUUAGGUUUUCACUAGUAUGGCUCUACUGCAUAUGUUAGUCACACCAUUGAAUGCGUUUCCUUGGAUACUAAAUGGAGUUGCUGAAGCAUGGGUAUCUGUUAAAAGAAUUCAACGUUUAAUUGAAGUAAAUCAAUAUACUAUUAUCAUGUAUUUAUAUUUUAAGAUAAUUGUUUUUCAGGUAGAUGAUUUAAAAACUCAGUCUUAUUAUAGUCUAAUGCCAAUUCAGUUUGGUAGAACUUUUGAUAAUGCUGUAUCAUUAUCACAGUGUUCUUUUAAUUGGGGCUUCAGAUCAUUCCAACUUAAAAAUAUAAAUUUUUCUGUGGCUAAAGGAUCAUUUGUUGGUAUUACUGGGCAAGUAGGCAGUGGUAAAUCUACUCUAUUGGCAGGAAUUUUAGCAGAAAUUAACAAAGAUGAAGGGAUGAUUGCUUCUUCUAAUAUGAGAGAUGGUAAAAAUUAAUAAUUAUUUUUUUCUAAAUGAAAAUAACCCUUUUAAAUUAAUUUUACAUGUACUUAUUUUAUGUAUUUCUUUACUACUUUUAGGAUUUGCAUUUGUUGCACAAACACCAUGGAUUCAAAAAGGAACAAUUAAAGAUAAUAUUCUAUUUGGUCAAACAUACAGCUUAGAAAGAUACAAGUAAUUAUUGUUAACUUUAAUUGAAUAUUAUGCAUUUUAUGUAUACUAUAUUUUGUCUAUUAGAGCAGUUAUUAAAUGUUGCGCAUUAGUUAAAGAUUUGCAAGAAUUCCCUAAAGGUGAUUUAACUCUUAUUGGUGAAGCUGGAAUAACUUUAAGUGGUGGACAAAAAGCUCGAUUAGCUUUGGCUCGAGCUGUAUAUCAGGUAAAAUUUCUUUUUAAAUAUUAUUUUCAAAUAAAAAUAUUUAAUUAAUUAUUUCAUUAUUACCAUAUUAUUGUUUUAAAUCAAUAUUAUUAAACUUGAAAAAUAUUUAAAAUUUGAAAAAUUAUAAAUUUUUUUUUUAAAUUUUUAAAAUUAAAAUAAAUCUUUAAUCUAUACCACUUGAGCACAAUAAGUAAAUUUGAUAAAAAAUAACAUAAACAUUAUUAAAAAUAUAUUGCUGCCCUUAAUCAAACUUACACAAUACAUGACUUUUUUAAGAAAACAAUAACACAUAGGUUCACGUGACUUUUUUUAUAUUUUCAAAUAAUUGAUUUAAUUAAUAUUAGGUGUCAACAGGUCACGACACCAUUUUCGAUUAUAUGAUUGGGAUGAAAUAAUAUACCAGCAUGGAAACAUUUAUAAUAUACUUAAGCUUGAAAUUAAUUUAAAAACCUAAAAUCAUAAAUUUAUUAAAUUUUGUUAAAUAGAGUUUUACAAUUUGCUAAAAAAAUAUGCUUGGUAAAUCAAUAAACCUUAAUAUAUAACAUUCAAUUAUAUAAGUUUAUAAUUACUAAUGUUCUAUUUGUUUUUUUUUUUCAGAACAAGUGUAUAUAUUUACUAGAUGACAUUUUUGCUGCAGUUGAUGUUAAUGUUGCACAACAUCUGUAUACUCAUUGUAUUAAUGGCCUACUUAAAGAUAAAACCCGUAUUAUUUGUACCCAUAAUAGCCAAUUUCUACUCUCUGCAGAUUUGGUACUAAUAAUGAACAAUGGUACUAUUGUAAAUCAAGGUCGACCUUUUGAAGUAUUAAGUGACUAUGAUGCUAAAACUGUUGAUGUCAAGUUUGAUGAAGCAAAUAGUAACACAUUUUCAAUUAUGGAAGAAUGGAUACCGACCAAUGAAACUGAGUAUGAAAAUAAUUUAAACAACAAAGAAAACCAAGAAGAAGGAAUUGUUGCUUUAUCAGUAUAUAAACAGUACUGGAAGUCUGUAGGAAGAUACAUUUGUUGGGUCCUUUUUAUCUCCAUGGUUAUUAUGCAGGUAUAAAUAGUAUGAAUAAAUUAUAUGUUUUAUAAAAAACGCAUACAAAUCAUUUUAAUAUGUUGUAUGUAUUUAUAUAUUUAUUUAAUUGAAUUUUAAAUUAACAAAUUACAAUACAAGUCAAAUGUUUUUUGUGUGCUAUAUAGAUCACUGUAGUGGAUUAUAGUAAUAAAUGAUCUAAUCCAGUGAUUCCCAAAGUGAGCAGUACCACCCUCUUUGUGGACUUUUUUUAUUUUGAGGGGGAAGAUUCUACUGUAACUUUCAUUAUUAAAAAUAAUUCACUAUUAUUAAAAACAAUUAUAUUAUUAUUAAAACAAUAUUAGCAAAUUCAUAACUUAUUUUAAUGAAAUGUAUAUCUGCGUACAAUAGAAAAUAAUUAAAUAUUUUAUACACACUACAAUAACAGCGAUUUUAUACAUAAUUGUGUAGUAAUUUGAUACAUUUUUAAUAAUUAUGGUAGUAUUAAUCUCCUCAAAAUUGAAGUUAUAAAAUUUUUGAAUUAAACCAUAUUUUAUAAACCACUAAUAAUAUAAUAAUAUAUAUAUAUAUUAUGGGCAAAGUAAAAAAUCUGUGUAUUACGAUACAACCAUUCACAAUGCCUUAACUUUUUGGGCAAUCUAAAAAUCAAGCAAUGUGUACCUUAUCCAGAGUAAGAGUAAGAGUAAGCAUAGUGAAUUAAAUACAUAUAUUUAAAUCAAAUUAUAAAUUUAUUACUAAAACAAAAAUUAUUAAUAUUCCUGUACAAUGAAAUAAUGCAAGGAUUAGUUUUUUAUUUUUAUUAUAUUUUCAUAGUUUAAUUUACUUUGCCAAAUUAAAUUUGGGCACUGUAUACAAUACCCGACUUUUUACUUUGCCUGUACCAUAUAAAUUACUAUCCAAUGUCUAGUAUAGAUUAAAAUUUAAUAAGUUGGGUCUUAUAAAUUGUAUAUCACAGUCAAUUUAAUCAUGAUAUACUUAUUUGUUCAAUACAUAUGUGAAAAUUGGUUAGAAUCGUGUAUUCUAAAGAUACUUUACUGUCAUUAUAUUUAGGGGUGAAACCUCAUAACACAUUUUCUUUUUCAAGUGCCAUUAUUAUUAAAAAUUACAUUAAUUGAUAAAGUUUCGGUUAAAAUAAUUUUUUAAUUUCCUCCAACCUGUUGAUAAGGUAUUUCAAUUUUAAGUUUGUUAUUUUACCUUUAGAGGAAAUUCAGUGCUUCAGUAUUUAGACGUCGCUAUACAAAUUAUGAUAUCAAAAUGUGGUUGUGGUUUUACCUCCAAAAAGAAUGAUAUAAAAAAUAAGAUAAUGUUACAUUUGUUAACAUAUAAUUCCAUAAGUUUUUAAAUAGGUUAUUUUAAAAAUAAAAAUAAGUUAUUCAUGACAAAAUUAACUAUGACAUAAAAUUUGGAAAAACCCAUAUAAAAAUGAUAGUUAUUCAACUAGUAAUAUAAUAAAAAAUUGUCUUAAGUAUUUCAAAAUAAUUAAAGUACUAUGAUUUAUAGGGUUCACGAAAUGUAUCAGAUUUAUGGUUAUCAUAUUGGGUUAGUAAAAUAACAAAAACGCAUGAAGGUUAGUAAAUAUUCACUUGGUUUUAUAUGGUUAAAUAAUUAUUAUGUUUUGGUCAACUGCUUAUAAUAUACAUUUAAAUUUGAAUUAUUUUUUACUCUUAUAUAGGGUGUUCCACGAGGAUUCGACAAAUGCAACUUUUGUUCUAUUCAAUAUUUUUUAUAUAUAUUUUUUUUAAAUAAUUAGUAUGCCUCAGCACUAUAGUUUAUACAUGAACAUUUCUUGGGGGGCAGACUUGAAAUAUAAAAUUUUAAUUUUAUCAUAAUUUUUUAAUAAACAUUCAAAAUAGCCAUUUUGUAAAGACUUUCAGAAAAUGUUUAGUGGUUGAAACUUUUGUUAAAAUAUGGUCUUUUAUUUUCUAUGAUUUUUUAAAGUUUUUGUAAUUGUGAAUAUUACAAUAUUUAAUCAGUUAUUAAUUAAGGAUUUUCUUUUUCAUAAGUUAAUAUUAUGCAAUAAUAUUAUUAUAUUAUAGAUAUUAAGUAGUAUCAAUCAAUCAAUGGUAAAUUUAUGCUGAUGAACAAUAUUGUUCUGAUUGAAAAAAAAAUGAUUCAAAUUUUCAAAUAAUCUUAGAAAAUAAAAGACCAUACUUUUACAAAAGGCUAUUUUUAAUUUUUUUUUUUUUUUAAAUUAUAAAAAAAUUUUAAGCCGUUUCCUCUUGAAAAAAAAUAUUUAUAUACAAACUGUAGCACAGAUGUAUACUAAUUAUUUAAAAAAAAAUUGUAUCAAAAAUAAUAAAUACAACAAAAGAGGUAUUGCAUUUAUUGAAUCCUCGUGGGUCAUAUAUAUAAUCUAUAACCUGUAUAACCUACAUAUUUGGAUCUAUUAUUUUUUAAUUCACACUCAUAAUAUAAUAAAACUAUUUUUUAGAAAAUAACUAAUAAGUAAUUAAAAUAUUUUAUUGCAUUAUAAAACUUAGGUUAUGAACAAUUUUCUGAACGAGUUAUUAACUGUUAAGAAAUUUAGUCUUGAUUGUCAGUUUAUCUAAUUUUAUUCCAACAGUUAAAGAAAUUCAAUGACUUCCAAAGUUAUCAAGAAAAAUUAUUUAAAAAAAUCUCAGUUAAUGACCUCAAGUUUUUUUUAAUGGGUGUAGAAUUUAGUUUUAUAUUUUUUGUUAACAAAAAUGGGAUUUUACUAUGUUUAACUAUAACAUUGCUAUACAUUUUUAUAUAUGUUUAAACAUAUUUAAAAGAAAUGUAUAACUGAUAUACUAAAAGUUAUAUACUAAAAGUAUAUAACUGAUUUGAGAUUUAAAUGAUUCUCAUAAUUAAGUUGUUUAUUCAAAUUUUAUAAUUUCAAUUUAUUUAUUUUGUUUCAGAAAAUAUAUCAAUCAAUUUACAAAAUGAAAACAAUACAUAUUUGUACAUUUAUACAUUAAUUGGAAUGGUUAAUUCUGUAGCUACAUUUUUUAGAGCCUUUGUUUUUGCAUAUGGUGGUAUUAAGGCUUGUCAAAUAAUUCAUGACAAUUUGUUAACUUCUGUGAUGAACGUAUGUAUUAAAAGAAUUUAGUUUAAACAUUUUUAUAUUUUAUUUUAUUUUUAUUAUUUAGGCGAAAACUUCAUUUUUUGAUAUUAAUCCACUCGGCAGAAUAUUAAAUCGCUUCUCGUCAGAUACAAAUACUAUUGAUGAUUCAUUACCAUUUAUUUUAAAUAUUCUUCUAGCACAAUUUUUUUUAGUCAUUGGUACUCUAGGUUCAAUAAUUUAUGGUGUACCUUGGGCUAUAGUUAUUACUAUAAUACUAACUCCUGUUUAUUAUAAAUUACAAUCAAGAUACAGAAAUUCGUCUCGGGAACUAAGACGUAUAUCAGCUGUUGCAUUAUCUCCACUAUAUAAUCAUAUAAAUGAGUCAUUGAAUGGACUAGCAACAAUACGAGCUUUUAGAGUUGUAUCAAGGUUAAUGUCGAUCAUUGUGAAUUUUUUGACAGUAGUAAAUUAUUAACUGUUAUUUUUUUUAAAUGUUUAGAUUUGAACGUGAAAAUGAAGACAAACUUGAAAACUAUUUAAAAGCAGAAUUUUGUUCACAGUUAGCAUCGUUAUGGUUCAAAUUCAGGUUAAGAAUCAUUGGUCUAACUGUAUUAUUUUUUAUUAGUUUAAUAUCUGUAAUUAUUCACCAAUGGAAUCUUACAAAUGCAGGUUUGUUCUAAUAAAUUCAUAUUUGAUAUAUUUUAUUUCUAAACAAUAUAUUUACUGUAUUAUUGAAUGGAGAAAAAAUGCACCUAUUUUUAUUACUUAAUAUUAGUACAUAUUUUUAUAAAUUAUGUGGAUUAAAAAAAAAGAAGAUUAUUUGAUUAGGAUAUCUUGGGUUAUCAUUGACUUAUGCAUUAACAUUAACAAAUAUGCUUGGAGGAUUAGUGAGUGCCAUUGCUGCAACAGAAUGUGAUAUGAUUAGCUUGGAGCGAGUUCUUGAUUAUGUUACAAAUACAGAAAGUGAAAUUAAUAAAGAAGACUCAAUAUCACCUCCAUUUGCUUGGCCAACAAAUGGAAUUAUACAGUUUUCUAAUGUUUUUCUGAAAUAUAGGUAAAACAAUUUAAAAAAAAUUAAAUAAACAUUUGAUAUUUAAUAGAAUAUAAUUUUUAGACAAGAUGGACCUAUGUCUCUAAAUGGAGUUUCAUUUGAAACUGUGUCUUCAGAAAAAAUUGGUGUGAUUGGUAGAACAGGUGCUGGGAAAAGUUCAUUGCUAGCUGCUUUGUAUAAAAUGUGCGAUAUUAGCUGUGGUGCUAUUUUAAUAGAUGGUGUAAAUCUUUCUAGGAUUUCCUCACAACAAAUAAGGUUAACAUUUUAUUUUAUUUAUAUAUAUUUAUACAAAUAAAAUAUAUUAUAUUAAUAUUAUAGUUAUUUAUAUAAUUCAUAUAUUUUCAGAAACCGUUUGUGUGUUAUACCUCAAGACCCAUUUUUAUUUGAAGGUACUAUCCGUGAAAACAUUGAUCCAUUUAAUGAGUAUAUGGAUUCAAAUAUAUGGUCGGCAUUGCAGCACUGUCAUUUAGUUACAACUGUCAAACAUUUAGGCGGUUUAGGAUGUCAUUUGGGAGAUAGCGUUAAUUUAUCCGUGGGUGAAAAACAGUUGUUGUGCUUAGUAAGAGCAAUAUUAAAAAAUGCAAAAGUAAUUUGUAUUGACGAGGCAACAGCCAAUGUGGAUGAAAUUACUGAUCGCAAAAUACAAGAAACAAUAAGAACUGCAUUCAAGCAAAGUACAGUUAUAACUAUUGCUCAUAGAAUUCGUACUGUUAUGAACAGUGAUCGGUAUGUCAAUGAUUUAUUUAUUUGAUUGAAUUUCAGUGUUUAUCUUGCCAAUUACAUAAUCAGUUUAAGUAAAAUAAGUUGAUACUGGGGACGGGUGCACCAUUGUUGUAGGUGACAAGUCAGGAAGGUCAGAUACACAAAGUACAAUCAAAAAAUGAUUAAGAGUAAACUUUGAUUACAUGUUUUGAAAGUCCGUAGUAAUUACAAUUUUCACCUUAAUUUGAUUAUAAUAAUACUCUUAUAAAAAAAAAAAUUUAUGCUACAUAACUCAUUUUUAUUUUUUUGACUAUUAAGUAUGAUUUAUAAUGUAUCUCCAUCCAGUCAAAUUUUCAAGCAUUUUUGUUUAUACUAACAAUUUUAUACACAGAGUACCUACCAAAUAAAAAUUACAUAAAAAAAACUUACUAAAUUUAAAUGUCUAGAAAAAGCAAAUAUAAAUAUAAGUUUUGUAUAAACAUUUUAAGUUUACAAAUAGUUGAAACUAAAUUACAUUUAAAAUAAGUAAUAAAAUAAUUAUUUAUGUAACAUUUUUCUACUUAUUUUUCGGUACUGCUCAAUUAUUUUAAAAGCUACAAAGAAAAUCAAUAACCGACUUUCUAAAUCAACAAAUAGAUUAAAAAUUUGAUAAAAAAAGAUCUAUUGGAGUAGAACACAUAAAUUGUAAAAAUUAAAAUAAAGGAAUUUUCCGGUUUUUUUUAAUUAUUACAAAAACUACCCAGAAAAUAAAAAAUCUAAUUUUUAACCUAUGAACUAGAUUAAAAAAUUCAACAAUAAAGGUGUCUUGUAGUUUUAAUGUUCAAGCAAUAUUUAUGGUAGGAAACAUAAACCACAUAAGUUUUAAAUAAUGAAAUUGUUAAUUUAAAAAUAUAGUAUUCUUCUUCUUUUUUGGUUUUUUUCCAAUUAUUUUGAAAACUUUUUGGAAAAUCAAAAAAUGACCUCUCUAACGCACAAAUUAGAUAAACAUUUCCUUUCUGAAAAGGUUCUAUAUCGGCGCAAGAUUUCUUUCGAAAUGUUCAGACAGAAAAAAAAAACAGUAAAAUCAAUAGCUCCCUCACUAUACUCCAAAUCUAAAACAAAAAGUUCAAGAAUAGUUGUAUCCACAUCUAAUAGCUUAUACUUGUAUUGUUGUUAUUUUUUUAGAAUAUUAGUGAUGGACAGUGGACAAAUUAUAGAAUGUGAAUCUCCAAAUGUUUUAUUACAAGAUAAAAAUUCAUAUUUUUUUAAAUUGGUACAACAAGAAUUUAAAUGA